AUGCUGAGACUAAUUGGGUUCGUAUUUAUUCUGUUGGGGUCCACGCGUGCCAUUGAGCUCACUUUUGAGCUGCCUGACAAUGCGAAUCAAUGUUUUUAUGAGGAUAUGAAAAAGGGACAGGACACUGUGUUCGAAUUUCAGGUGGUUACUGGAGGCCACUAUGAUGUUGAUUUGACGCUGGAAGAUCCAAAUGGAAAAGUUUUGUAUAAGGACGUCAAGAAGCAAUAUGAUAGCAUCAAUUUUAAAACAGAGGUCGAUGGAACAUACAAAGCGUGUUUCUCGAAUGAAUUCUCCACAUUUUCGCACAAGAUUGUCUACAUGGAUUGGCAGUACGGCAACGAGCGCGAGCAGCAACUGAACACAGUGACGAAAGGGGUUCACGCAAUGAGCCAAUUGGAGAAUUACGCAGUGGCUAUUGGAGACAAACUUCGCGAGGUUGAUGAUUUCCAAACUCAUCAUCGACUUCGUGAAGCGACGGGCCGCAAGAGAGCCGAACAGCUCAAUGAGCGAGUAAUGCUUUGGUCGCUCGGUCAGACAUCCGUCAUUAUUCUCAUCGGAAUCGCACAGGUGCUUCUACUCAAAUCGUUCUUCUCCGAUAAGAGAACGCGCUACUAA